GGGAAAUAAACACACUCCAGCCGUUCCUCCCAUUCCUCCAUUUGAGUGACGUGGUCCGCCGUGCGCGCAGCCGCCCCUGCUGCUCGUGCCCGCGCCGCGCGGGCGUGUGAUCGUGAGUGAGUGCGCGCGCGCGUCGUGAGGAGCACGCGACUGUGUCCCGUUUUAACGGCUGUCAUGUCCAAACUGGAGCAGGUUCUGAUCCUCGACCCGCCGAGCGACCUCCGCUUCAGAGGACCCUUCACAGACGUGGUGACCACCAACCUGAAGCUGAGGAACCCGUCCGACAGAAGAGUAUGCUUCAAAGUGAAGACCACAGCUCCUCGGCGCUACUGCGUCCGGCCCAACAGCGGCCUGAUCGAACCCGGCUCCACCGUCACCAUCUCCGUCAUGCUGCAGCCGUUUGAUUACGACCCCAACGAGAAGAGCAAGCACAAGUUCAUGGUGCAGACCAUCUUCGCACCGGCCAACGUCAACGACCUGGAAGCCAUGUGGAAAGAUGCCAAACCUGACGACCUGAUGGACUCCAAGCUGCGCUGUGUGUUUGAGAUGCCUUCAGACAACGAUAAGAUGAACGAGCUGGAUUCAAGUAAAGCCGGUUCUGCUCUGAACGCCUCGAAGGCCGACGGCUCGGCGGGAGCUAAAGCCACUUCUAUGGACGACACGGAGAUGAGGAAACUCAUGGAGGAGUGCAAGAGACUGCAGACGGAAGUGGGCAAGCUGCUAGACGAAAACCGGCAGCUCAAGGAUGAAGGGUUGAGGAUGAGGAAGGCCAAUCAGUUCGACAGCUCCGUGUCCAAGUCUUCGUCGGCGAUGCUAAGCAAAGACCCGGCGGCCUCCAGAUCGCUGCCCUCGCUGCUCGUGGUCAUCGCCGCCAUCUUCAUCGGCUUCUUCCUCGGGAAGUUCGUCUUGUAGAGUCGCGUCGGAGCCGAGCGUGCGUUCUUGUUCAUGUAAGCGUGGCGUCUGCGCAGACGAGCCCCGGCGGAAUAAACGUGUCUGUGUACAGGAUCAUUCAAACGGGCCUUGCCUUUCUCACACGGUUAGUGCGCACACACUCACUCACUCACUCACACACACACACACACACACACUCACUCACACACACACACACACACACACACACACUCACUCACACACACACACACACACACACACACACAC